AUGCCAAGCAGGAAGUUUGCCGAUGGGGAGGUGGUGAGAGGCCGCUGGCCUGGGAGUUCACUUUAUUAUGAAGUAGAAAUCCUGAGCCAUGACAGCAGCUCCCAGCUUUACACCGUCAAGUACAUAGACGGCACGGAGCUCGAGUUGAAAGAGAACGAUAUCAAGCCUUUAACUUCCUUUCGGCAAAGGAAAAGCGGCUCUUCCUCCAGCUCUCCCGCCAGACGCCGAGGGAGUCGCUCCCGGUCACGCUCGCGGUCCCCAGGCCGGCCACCGAAGGGCUCCCGCCGCUCCGUCUCUGCUUCCCACCAGGGCAAUGUGAAGGAAACCAAGAAGGAGAUCCUGGAAGUUAAAUUGACACCACUGGUGUUGAAGCCAUUUGGAAAUAGCAUCAGCAGACACAACGGGGAGCCCGAACACAUCGAGAGGAAUGACAUCCCGCAGCCUCACAGAAGUGUGCAGGAAAAAUUUCAUUUGUCACAAGAUAGUGGUUAUACAUCUACACAGUAUACCCUUCGUCCAAGAAGAGAAGAGAUCAAAUUUAAAGAAAUGGAUUCAAAGGAAGAAGAAGCUGUUUUGAAGAGACCUGUGGCAUUGAGAGCCGCUGAAGGGCCAGCCAUGCAGGCGAAGGAUUUAGAGUUUGGAGGAGUCCCUGGUGUGUGCCUCCUCAUGCUGGGCCUGCCCGUCUUCCUCAUCCUCUUGCUGUUGAUGUGCAAGCAGAAAGACCCCAGCCUUCUCAGCUUCCCUCCUCCGCUACCGUCUUGGUCUGAGUUGUGGGAAACCAGAGUGUUUGGAGCCUAUCUUCUCUGGUUUUUCCUUCAGGCUCUGUUCUACUUGCUGCCAGUUGGAAAGGUGGUAGAAGGAACACCUCUUAUUGAUGGACGAAGACUCAAGUAUAGAAUAAAUGGGUUCUGUGCUUUCAUCUUGACAUCUGUGGGCGUUGGGGCGUCCCUCUUCUGGGGCGUGGACCUUCACUAUGUUUACGCCCAUUUCCUCCAGUUGGCGCUGGCAGCCAUUGUGUUUUCUGUGACCUUGAGUGUUUACCUCUAUGCUCGCUCUUUGAAAAUGCCCAGGAAGGAACUGUCCCCUGCCAGCUCUGGAAAUGCUAUCUAUGAUUUCUUCAUUGGCCGUGAAUUAAACCCUCGGAUUGGUGCUUUUGAUCUCAAAUAUUUCUGUGAAUUACGCCCUGGAUUGAUGGGAUGGGUGCUUAUUAACCUGGCGAUGCUUUUGGCUGAGAUGAAGUUACACAGUCGUGAUACUCCAUCCUUAGCAAUGAUUUUAGUUAACAGUUUCCAGCUGUUAUAUGUCGUGGAUGCGCUUUGGAAUGAGGAAGCAGUGUUGACAACCAUGGACAUUAUCCAUGAUGGGUUCGGAUUCAUGCUGGCUUUCGGAGAUUUAGUGUGGGUCCCGUUUAUCUACAGCUUCCAGGCCUUCUAUUUAGUCAAUCAUCCAAAUGAAAUAUCUUGGCCAUUUGUUUUUGCAAGUGUCACUCUGAAACUUUGUGGAUAUGUAAUUUUCCGGUGUGCAAAUUCCCAGAAAAAUGCAUUCCGGAAAGAUCCCACCAAUCCAAGGCUUGCACAUUUAAAAACGAUUCAUACAUCAACGGGGAAAAAUCUUCUUGUUUCUGGAUGGUGGGGCUUUGUUCGACACCCCAAUUACCUGGGUGACCUCAUUAUGGCGCUGGCUUGGUCCCUCCCAUGUGGUUUUAACCAUAUCCUGCCUUACUUCUAUGUCAUCUACUUCACCAUGUUGCUGAUCCACCGAGAGGCUCGGGAUGAACAGCACUGCAGGAAGAAGUACGGACUGGCUUGGGAGAAAUACUGUCAGAGGGUGCCUUACCGCAUAUUCCCCUACGUUUACUAG